UCCUGCUGGUGUCACAUGGGAGGGGCCGGACCAGCUCCUCUCAUUUCCCUGGCAAAUGUUGUGUCACCAGUUCCCCUCUCCCCUCCGUCACGAGCAGGCAGCUCCACGGAGAGCAGAAUGCAUUAAUGGAGACCUUCAGCAGCACCUUCCUGCCACUGCUCUGGACAGUGACUUCCCUCCUCUCAGGCACCUACUGCUCCCCAUAUGUGAGGGUGCCCACUAUUCUCCAUGGCACGUAUGGACAUUCACUGCUCCUGCCCGUGGAAGAUUUCGUCCACUCAGAAGACGUGGAGAUCUAUUUCAACUGGAACUUCCGCGGGCCAACCGAGGACAUGCCCACACUGCUGGUGGCCUUCCAAAACCAAAAGGACAUCAACAUGGACAAGAGCAGGUUCUCAUUUCAGCCCCCCAACGCGUCGCUGCUGAUUCACAGCCUGGACCAGACGAUGGAGGGGGAGUACUGGCUCGCAUUUUACAUCACAUUUCCCAACGGAUCCUUUGUUAGAGAGAACAAUCCCGUCCGCAUCAUGGUCCAUGUGCCCGUAUCUGUCCCAGUCAUCAAGAAGAGUCCCGCUACUGAAGUGGUGGAGGAUAAAGAGAAUGUGAUGUGGAUGUGCUCGGUGGAGAACGGGACCAGGGUGCGGUACCAGUGGUUCCAAGAUGACAGACCCGUUCGCGCCGGGGCGCGACACACACUCUCUCCCGACAACAGCAGCCUUGUCAUAAGCCCCGUCAGAAAAGAGGACAUUGGGGAGUACAGUUGUGUGGUGGAAAAUUUCAUCAGCAAAGAAACAAGCGCGCCAGUGGCACUAAAUAUUUUCUAUGGACCGUACAACCUGGCAGUCAAAUCAGACCAAGGCCUGCAAACUGGGGGGGUCUUCACUGUCAAUCCUGGAGAGCUGGUGUUCUUCGACUGCUUGGCAGACUCCAACCCCCCAAACAGCUGCGCCUGGAUCUCCAAGACCAACAACGCCACCGAGGUCCUCAUGACGGGUCCCCGCUUCGAGGUGACGUCCUACGAGCUGGCCCACACCGAGGAGUUCCUGUGCCGCGCCUUCAACAACGUCACACAGAAGCAGGACGAAACCGAGUUCACUCUGGUGGUGGCCAGCCUGGGCACCGGGAAGGAGAAACAUUUCCAAGAAGGCAGCGCAGCGUCUCCGCUGACCGCCAUUGUCAUCGUCUCACUGAUCGUCAUCAUCUGCAUGCUGGUGGUUCUUUUCAGAAAGUCCUGCCAUCCACACAGAGCAGAUGGAGAUCCCACAAGAAAGCACUGUGAAGAAGUGGAUGAAGUAAAAAUUGAGCGUCUGCCUCACUUCUUAUUAACGGAUAUAUCUCUUCGCUACCCAAUUACACCUCUGCCACGGGUGAUCAUGAAUAUUUACAACAGGCCUCUAACUGACCAAAAGGGACCACACCUCUCAGGCCACGAGGACGCAACUGAAGACUUUGGAAUCUAUGAAUUUGUGGCGAUACCAGGAAGAGCAGAAUCCACACUGGCAUCCAACAGGUCCCUGGCAGGGCUGGAGUCCGCUCAGGAUUUGCAUACCACCAUCUAUGAUGUUAUAAAGCAUGUUCCCGAAACGCCGUCGCAGAGCUUGCUGAAGUAACCCCCCCCCCGUGAGUGCCGUUUGAAAAAAAAGGUCUGUGAUGAUACAGUCUUCACGUCGCCGGAGGUUUUAGGCGGGAACACGCACACUCAGAGCGCUGGAAAGCUUCUGCGACCUUCCCGGCGAAUAUUUAUUAAAGGUUUCAAGCGCUUUAAAGGGAAAGGAGAAGGAUUCUUCUGUUGAGUGACUCAACCUUGCACUGCUAAUUACUCUGCUUCUAUUAUGCCUGUUGCAUAAGCCUAUCAUUAUUAUUUUUUUUUACAGGGUUUGGCAUAGCCUCAUCACCUGUUCAUAUUUAUUGGCUUAAUGCACAUACCAGUAGAGUCCACUCUUUUCGAAACAAUGCAACAAUGCAUGAUGGCGAGAAGAUGUCAUUCAUCCCAGCCCUUCUUGUCAUUUCACCUGCAGUUGAGAGAGUCGCAGUUUGUCAGGCCUGGUCUCGAACACAUGGUCUCAGACACACACCGUGGUCAUUGCAUCCAGUGUGAGUCCUGACUAUUCCCUGCAUUUGAAACUAUAUGACAUGCUAAAGUAUAUAUUAUAGCAUACAUUAAAUAUGAACCUUCUUCAAAUGCAGAAAAUAGUCACGACCAUGUGCUUGAAUAGCCUAAGGAUAUUAGAUCACUUUUAGCAGAUGCAAAUGCACUCUUCCAUAGGCAUACAUUUGUGCUUAACUCUUACAACUGCGAGGUGGUUUUGUUUCAGAAUCAAGGCAUUGGCCUCGAUUCAAUCAAACUCAUUCCUAAAACGGAUAAAGACUACACACUUUGAAUUUAUGAAAUUUGAAGUGUAACUAAUAUGUGUUUUUACAGUUAUAUUAUGUGUUUGCCAAUUGCUGAAUCAUAUUGUUCUUAAGUCGAAAGAUUCUGAAACAUGCUGUAACAAACUUAAAUUCUCAUUUCACACGCUUGUUAAAAGGAUAGUUCACUUUCUGAAGUUUAAAAAAUAUACUAUUUAAAUUUUAGUGUAUGUUUUCGAUUGGACCAGUUUUUGUGUGUAAUGAAGAAUGUUAAAGAUAUUUCCAGAGGUUUUCUUUUGAUGACCUGUCGACUUCACACUGCCAGGUAUCAGGUCUUUCAGGGGUUUGUGGUCUAAAGCAACAACAACAAAAAAAAACAAAUAAAAAAAACAAAACAUAUCAAGUCAUUUUCAAGCAAUUUGUGCUGUGAUAUUAUGUUUCCAGAGGUUGCACGUGAACAGAUUAAUUUUAUAGUGUUUAUUCAUAAUUACAAACAUAAAUAUCAGUUUUUAAAAAAAAUUGUGUCAGUACUUCUUUCCUUCUUAGUUUUCAAACAAUAUAAGCUCUGCACUCCUGGGUACAGGUGCAGCAAUGUUGAUACAGGAAGCUGUGCCACAACUUCUUUCAGCUCAGGCUGCAUGGUCAUAGAAAGUAGUUCCAACCCAAAUUAUUCUUAUUCUUCUUAUUAUUAUUUUCAUAAUAUUCAUGUAAUUUUCACAUGCAUAAUCUCUGGAAGCAUAAUGUUGCUGUACAAGUGUCAAAUGUACCUAAACUGUCCAGGCCAAUCAAAACAUGCACCAAAACUGAAAUAAUAUAAAAAACGUGAACUGUCCCUUUAAGGACAGCUCAUUUUGUAAGUAGAUUGAUUCUCAGUUACUGUUUCCUUUUUUGUCUAUGAAAGGGAUUAUAUGUGUUUUAUUUGAUUUUUCACAGGCAGAGCUAUUUGGUUUUGAACGAAACUAAAUUAUCUGCAAAGUGCUGUACAGUGUCAGUAAACAUAUGUGUAUAUUUUGUAUUUCAAUAAAGAUUUAUAACAAUUCAGUA